GGGCUACUAAUUCUCGGUGAGCUUUCGGCGUGGGUUCGGUAUGGGUAGCACGGAGCUCCACACGUUAACCCCAUGCCUUUAACGUCAGCCACCUUAAAUUCCUACUUUCGAUUUCCCUCCUAACCUCCUUGUAUGAUAGAAAGCUAUGCAUCCGCCGGCUCACAUCGAGCGCCAAUUCUCCGGAUGCGUACUCUGUCAACCCGCGCCUUUCGCUCGGCGGCAUUCAUACCACUGAAACCCCAACAACUAGGUACACAUCCCGGCCGAUUCUUCCACAGCUCGCCCGUCACCAGAGCUUCUGGCCAAAACAACAGCGGGUCGCGCAAUGACGAGGACAAUCCAGAGAAAGAGAACGGGACGGUGGGCGGUGAGGAUGGCUUUGAAGACCUAUCCGGAGAGAACGGUACAGCGGCAAAUGAAGAGGGUCAAGGGCGCAAGAAACCUAGCAGUAGAUCCUUACGAGCGCGAGCUUUACGGAGUCGUAGGGCCCAGGAGUUCCCCCCUUUAUCCGUACCGAUGUCCUUUCUAUCAACAGCCGUCCGCCAUUUCAAAGAUGGAGAACCAAAUACGCAAUUAGACCUUCAUGUCUCUGGCCACGGCAAAGGACCCCGCAUACUCCUGAAGAGAGUCCCAUUCUCUAAACCGUCGGAGAAUCCGCGAGAAGGUCAUAGUGCAUCUUUGUUCGAUGCCGCGGCCUGGACGGAGGGAUCCUUAAAUGAGGCCGUCAAAACCUUAGAAUCAGAUCCAGAGGGGAGGUUCAUCCUCAAGAGGGGCGACGCCUUAAUUGCCGCUUCUUUCUGGGCAGUGGCACAUCUGGCCAGAAAGGUUUCCGGAGAAGAGGCGGCGGCAACAUUCCUCGAAUCUAGCUCAGUUGCGAGUUCUGCGGAUUUUCUGAAGGCCCUGCUGUACGCUAAGGCCGCGCAUGAUAAUCCAUUACUUGCGUCGAACCAAGCUCAACAACUAAUCGAUGAGCUGAUCACCGACGCUCGCAUAGAAGCCUCUGGUGUGAGUCUAUAUCCUGAGGAACUCAUUGAGGAGAUCGUCACAUCCGUCAAUGCCGACUUCAUAAUUCAGGCCCCGGAGAACGUGAAAGCUCCAGACAUGCGACGCCCCAUAACUAUCAUCAAUACUCCUGACUGCUCGAGUUAUCUUAUAUCACGCGACAUCUUGCAGCAUGUUGCGGUCCAACUGGGAGCCGACAUCCUACACAUGAGAGCCUGUGACAUCGCGCACAUUAUCGGCUGUUAUCUUGGCCAGGACAUCGUCAGGGCACCCGGCGUGGUAUCACGGCUGGGAUACAAAGCAGCGGAGAACAGUGGAAAACUGAAAGUAAGUCACGCCACCGACGAGGAUGGCGGUGAGUUGGGAACCACCCGACUACCUGACACUAUCGUAGUAAGAGACGAAAGGCCGAAGAAGGACAACAAAAGAUACACAUCCCUAAUGGAUAAUUUUCUGAAUGGGUCGAGUCGGGGGAAAGGAGACGGGGUAUGGGAAGACCUCAAAAUCAACACAGCUCUCGAAGAGCUCGUCCAUUCCGCCGAUUCGGAUUCCGCUGAGCAGAGACCACUCAUCGUCCACGUCGAUGAUUUCAAUGCCCUCAGUCUGGAUGCAGAGUGCGGUGCGAUGAUCGUAGGCAAGAUCCGAAAAGUCGUUGAUGGGCUUUGGGCGGAUGGCCGAAAAAUCGUCUUAGUCGGAUCGUGCUCUACGAAAGGAGCGCCUAGGCUUUAUCUUAGCGGACUACGCAGGCUAGAAGCGGUAGACCGAGUUGUCACCCUUCGUGCCAAUUCCUCUUCGAAAAUAGUUGCAUCCCUUAUCAGCUAUUGGGAGACCGAGACCUACAUUAGGGAGAACGAAGAGAACAUCGUCAGGAUGCUAUCGACACUAGUUGAACAAACUCUCAGAGGCAGAAAAACGCCAACAAGUAGUGGUUUGAUCGGAAUGACUGAAAUAGAUCCGAGAAAACUGCCAGAGUCAUGGACAAACAGUAUCUUACCAGUCACCGAAGUGUACCGCAUCGCAACCAUCAUGAUUGGCAACUCUAAGGACCCGAUCAACGUAUUCAGCAUCGAAGCUCUUAAGAAAGCCGCCCGCGUGAUCCGAAGGCUUGAGCUCCUGAAGACGAACUUGUCGAGUAUCGGUUCCCUUAGGGAUAGUAACCAGCAAAAGGAGCCUAGGGGAUUUGUUGACGUGCGCGAGUCUAAUGACCUUGACGAGGAUCACGAAGAAAGGCUUAGGUCAGGCCUCGUGAACGCCGAGGACAUCCGAACGACAUUUAAAGACAUACACGCUCCCAGCGAGACGAUCGAGUCAAUCAAGAUGUUGACUACGCUCUCUUUGAUCCAUCCGGAAGCCUUCUCCUACGGUGUUCUCGCUACCGAUAGGAUCCCUGGCUGCCUCCUAUACGGCCCACCCGGCACGGGCAAGACGCUACUAGCCAAAGCGGUGGCCAAGGAGAGCGGUGCAAAUAUGAUCGAAGUGAGCGGGGCGAGUAUCAAUAACAUGUACGUGGGCGAGAGCGAGAAGAAUGUGCGAGCGCUGUUCGGACUUGCCAAGAAAAAGGAGCCAAUGGUAAUCUUUAUCGACGAGGCGGACGCGUUGCUAGGCGCGCGGGGCAGACGUGACGUGGGAGCGCGGAGGGAAACGAUCAAUCAGUUUCUGCGAGAGUGGGAUGGCAUGGAUAAGACAAAGGCGUUCAUAAUGGUAGCGACGAACCGGCCAUUCGACCUGGACGAGGCUGUGUUACGGCGGCUGCCGCGUAAGCUACUGAUCGACCUACCACUGGAGCGGGACCGAGCGGCGAUCCUACGAAUUCAUCUCAAGGAGGAGGUGCUGGAAGAGUCGCUGUCAGUGGACGAGAUCGCGCGGCGCACGCCAUUAUACUCGGGAUCGGAUCUGAAGAACGUGUGCGUGGCGGCAGCGAUGGCGGCGGUUAAGGAAGAUCUGGGGCUGGAGCUGCAGCAGGGGACAGGGGGCCGGGGAGCGGCAAAUCAGGGAUAUCCGGAAAGAGACAGGACGAGAAAGAUAAAGAAGCGGGUGCUCGGGCAGAGACACUUCGACAAGGCGCUGCGAGAGAUUGGGGCUAGUGUCAGCGAGGACAUGGCGACACUGACGGCGAUCCGUAAAUUCGAUGAGAAGUACGGGGAUGGGGGCGCUGGGCGGCGUAGAAGGCGCGGGAUGGGGUUUGAGGUCGCGAGAGCGACUGGAAAAGGGUCGGCCGUGGAUACAGACGUGGACGUGAGAGGCGCGAGGGUCAGGAACGGACAGUAGGUCAGCGAAAGACGGAAAAUCAAUGAUAAAUAUAGUAGUUACAUACUAGUCUACGAGAAUCGAGGGUUCGUCUAGAGACCAGGUUGUCGAUGUUUUCUGUAUAGUCGCGCCUGUUCCGUAGGUAUAUGCGAAUGCUAUUGCCGGGGAUAUGUAGCACUUAUAGCCUACCCGUCAUAUCAAACUCACAGCCCUGUGCACGGUGUACUCUAGGCGUCAACACAUACGGGGUCAACUAAGUAAGUAGCACAUCGAUAACAGGAGGUGGGUGGGUGGGUUAUAUGCACCGCAUUUUGAAAGUUACUACCGUUCUCCUCUCUGUCC